AUGGCAGGUGCACGUUUGUCCAAUGCGGCACAGACCACUUCAGUUCGUACGACAAUACCCAAGGCUAUCCCGACGACCAUUAGCGUUACGAGCCUUGUUGAUAUUGUCAUGAAGCGGCGUUCCAACUGCACGACUCUACAGCGUGUCCAAACAGCAUCCAACAUCAUCCACGACGUGGCCGCCCAGAUCAACAUCAGGAAAAUGCAGGAUCUCUUCUCGAGCUGCAUAGAUAUUAACGCAGUCCUUCUGGCCGGUCGCGAACCUCUUGCCGAUCAGAUAAAACAAAACACCCAAGCCCUUUCUUUCUCGGAUUCUCCAGCUGACAAGAACGCCCUGUCCAAGACAUUGGCCCUGGUUGUCAAUCGAUGUGGCCAGGCAGUCCUCGGUUUCGAAACGCAGCUGAGGGGUAUAAUGACUCUAGAGCAGUAUUUGAAGGACCCCUCGAUCGAGUGGUUUUUGUUACUUCAGGAGACCUUUCCUGAUGGCUUCCAUGAUACGCGCCCCAUAGUUGUCUCGUCUCCAGCAUACCUCGCCAAGUUGGAUGCACUCCUUUUGAAGUCCUCGACCAAGACUCCAAUAUUACCUCGCCUGGAUCCUUAG